GAUAUUUUUGUUGUUCAAUGCACUCUCAUGAUACUUGGAGGCAAUUUUAUAACCAAGAUUGAUUGCAUAUGCACUUCAAUUGUGUGAAGGAAUGAGCUGUUACAAAGUUACAGAAAUGAAGGGCGGCAAAAAGGGAAUAAGCAAUCAGGAAAUAGAAGAUAGAUGAAUGAAAAAGCACAUAUAAUUGAUGCCUAGUGUAGUGUACUGUGAACCAAAAGCCUUUUCCUAAAUUCCAGAGUCAAGUAAGAGUCCCCUCAGGACUGUCCCACCGUCCACUUCCACAUGCUACUACCUUUUUCUUAUAUCUCAGUUUCAACCACUAAUUUGCUUCCUUUCAUUUCCACAAGGAUGCUAUCAUGCUAUAAUAAGUCAACUCUACAACCUUGCUUGCUACUGCUAUAUAUACCUCACAUACAAUAGCAACAACAAUCUUGAGCUCCCCCUUCUAUACUUUGAUUUAUGAUCUUUUCUUGUCAAAAUUAAAUUUACUAUUAUUGAUUGGAAAAUGGAGCAUAGUAAUAAUGAGGAAAUUCCAUCAACACCAGCAACACCAGGCACUCCUGGUGUACCUCUUUUUGGUGGGUUUAAGUCAGAGAGAAACGGGAAUGGUAGUAAUAAGAAUAAGAAGUCUCUCCUUAAGAAUUGUAAAUGCUUCAGUGUCCAAGACUGGACCAUAGAAGAUGGCGCUCUUCCCACAGUCUCUUGCUCAUUAAUGCCUCCCCCUCCUGUCCCUCUCGCAAAAAAGAUAGGAGCUGAGUUUAUAGGGACAUUCAUUCUGAUUUUUGCUGGGACAGCCACUGCUAUUGUGAACCAAAAGACAAAAGGGUCGGAGACUCUGAUUGGAUGUGCUGCUUCUUCUGGUCUUGCCGUUAUGAUUGUCAUCCUCUCCACCGGUCACAUCUCUGGUGCUCAUCUCAACCCCGCAGUCACCAUUUCCUUUGCUGCAUUGAAACACUUCCCAUGGAAGCAUGUGCCUAUGUAUAUUGGCGCACAAGUUUUAGCAUCAAUAUGUGCUGCAUUUGCACUCAAAGGGGUAUUUCAUCCUUUCAUGAGUGGUGGAGUCACUGUUCCUUCUGGAGGAUAUGGCCAAGCUUUUGCUUUAGAGUUCAUUAUCAGCUUUAAUCUCAUGUUCGUUGUCACGGCGGUGGCCACCGACACAAGAGCUGUAGGAGAACUGGCAGGAAUUGCAGUAGGAGCAACUGUGAUGCUUAAUAUACUCAUAGCAGGGCCAAUAACAGGAGGAUCAAUGAACCCAGUAAGAAGUCUUGGUCCAGCUAUUGCUGCAAACAACUACAAAGCCAUAUGGGUCUAUCUAUUAGCUCCCAUAAUUGGCGCUCUAGGUGGUGCAGGUACUUAUACCGCAGUCAAGCUUCCCCAAGAAGACGAUAAUGCAAAGGCUAAUGCUCCUUCAAACCCCGCCAGCUUCAGAAGAUGAUCAACUUCUCUUGUUCCUAUGCUCAUCAAUCAUCAUACAACAACUUAAGAAAGACACUCUGGGAUGAUUAUGUUUUUAUAUAUGAUAUAGAUUUUGCGGAAAGCAAACAAGCAAAAAACGAGAACCAUUUGGCAUGUGCACAAAUUAGAUGUAAAACAUAAAUGUGUUGAUGUGUAUGGUGUAUCUAUCUAUUAAAUUAAAUCCAAGCAUGUGAAAAUGAGUGCCGUCUCUAUUUAGUAUAUGCAAAUACAAAGUUACUACAAUAUAUUAUU